UUUCUACGUAGCAACAUAACCACUGAAUAAAACGCGACGGUAGUGUAGAAGGAAUAUCUUUGGAAGCUGUUUGCUAGACUACAACAACAUUGAUUUGACAGCUAACGUUAUUCAGCACCUGCAAAUAUGGCAGAAGUCGAAGAGACACUAAAGAGAAUUCAAACUCACAAAGGUGUAAUUGGAACAAUAGUUGUUAAUGCCGAGGGUAUCCCAAUCAGAACUACCUUAGACAACUCCACCACGGUGCAGUAUGCUGGUCUGCUGCACCAGCUCACUAUGAAAGCCAGGAGCACAGUCCGAGACAUCGACCCUCAGAACGACCUGACCUUCCUCCGCAUCCGCUCCAAGAAGCAUGAGAUCAUGGUGGCACCUGACAAGGAGUAUCUAUUGAUAGUCAUCCAGAACCCCAGUGAAUAGCCCCAGGAGGUUCCUGUGAGAGUCAGGCAGUAGCUCCUCACACACUGAUCUUUGUCUCUGUUAAGAAUAUAUGUUUUGUUAAAUUGGACCACAUAUUUUGCUUUGUGCAUUUUCUAAUUUUUCCACUCUAAUAUGUUUCCUUAUUCUAUUCAUUCUCCUUCUUAGCCAUUGUCAUUAAUAAUUUUUUGGGGGAAGAAACAAGGGCGUCAUAACAAUUGGAGCAUUGUGUAUGUCCUAUUUUCCUAUGUCCCGUGCCCACCCCUGUAUGUUGAUAUGAAUAUAGUCUAUGUAAGGAGCGUAGAUUAACUCAGAAUAAAGUAAUUCAGAUUCAAUGUAGAAGAACUGAGGAAGGUCAAUGUGUCAGAGACAGAGCUGUAGUGUAUGGUCAGAGUAACCACUGAGCAGCAGUAUCAGACUACUGUUUGUUCUAAAAGAGCUUCCUGGGGCCUGAUUGAGUUAGCAAACUGUCCAAAAUGGUUUGAAAUAAGUAUUUUUGGGGGAAUUAUAGAAUUAACGAAGUAUCAAUGACUUAACCCAUGUGCAAAUGUAGCUUUCUUAAUCAGAAAAUCAAAGUCAUGUGUGGCUGUUUUAUCAAAGUUGGCUGGCUAAUUUAAUAAUUCUGCUUUCCAGAAUACCCCACUCUGGUAUAAAUCUAUGGUGUGGACUCAAAUCAAUUACCAGAUCAGGCCAGCAAAGGGCAUAUGUGGGCUGUCACAGCACAUUCUCAGUUUUGUGAUUUUACAUUUUAGCAGACAUUCUUAUCCAGAGCAACUUACAGUAUUGAGUGCAAAAAUGUAUACUUGUUUUUUACACUUUCAAAACAGAUGUUCAGAAUUGAGCCUGUAUGUGGGUGUGAUAAGAUAAAGAGAAUGAGGGAAAUGUUA